AGGCUAGUUUGGAUUCUCCUGGCCUGGUCGGGCCAUGGUGUGCGCUAUUGCUCGUGCAAAGGAAUAGGCAGCAAGCUGAGUCUUUGACGCGAAUGCCUUUUGCGCAGGAGCCGCCUGCGAGUAAAGCUGGAUGCUGUCUGCGAGCAAGGCCAUGUGAGCGACAUUUCGUCAGAUGGCUCAUCUAUGGCCCUCUUUCUGCUGCCCGAGUCAUGCCCCACGAUCUACAGCCUGUUUGUCCCACUAAUAGCUGGGAGAUGGUGCUCUGCAUCAUAGUCGCCUAUAGCGCUGUUCCAUCUUCCACUGUGACUAGAGAAAAGGGAGCGAAUUCCGUAGUCUGUGCAUAUUCAUCGACAAUUUGCCUGUCCGUGCCGCUGCCUCUGUUGCCUGCAAUGGCACCCGCUGCUUGUCAGCCGAGAAGCAACAGACGCCGAACACCGACAUUUUGCUAUAGUACCAGUAGGAGGGAUUACCUACAAGUUCACAUGAGCUGUGCGCCUCUCGAUGAUCUCUUUUGGUGUCAGACACGCAGCCUGUGUCCGCUGCCUGCCUGGAUGCAGCAGGUCAGUGUACUGCUGCUUUUUGAACGAGUAUCAAGUGUGUCGGUAAGAAAGAUCGUAUAAAGGGUGCUGCUGCUGGAAUCCCUCUUUCGCUAGGGCUUCACUACCGCUAUUCCGUCUCCCCAGAUACCUCUACCUAAUAUUAUCCUCACAGUAUACCAGUCUGCUAUAGGCCACGAUAUAGUCAAUCUC